UUUCUGUCCAUCUUGUCUGCGAAUCUUCUUCCCCUCCUUCCCCUCCGAAUUCGAACCCCAAUUUUGUCUUUAUUCAGUCCUCAGCAGUUGCCUGCAAAAAAGCUCACGAUGGAGGCAGUAUUGCGACAGUCCAAGUCCAUGUGCCCAUUCCUCUCCAAAACCUCGCCCGCCACACUUCGAUCCCUCUCGACCACCGCCGCCAAUCACCAUGUUUCCCCCGUAGCUGGGAAAAUGUCGAACCUGCAAGUUCUGGCUAAAAGAUGUCCCAUUAUGGGCAAGGCCCUCUCCGUCCAGAGCGCUUGCUUGGGCAAUAAUGCUUUUGCGGGAACUUUUGGCGGGACCAGAGCCUACCACACACGUGUGAACCGCGCCAAACUUCACACAUCGUCUUCUAAAGAAGCACAGGCUGUGGAGCUUGAGAACAGACGCUCCAAGCAAGCUCCUUAUAUUCACGCCCCGAACCAAUCGAAUGCUGCUCAGAACGCACAUACUGGUGUUCCUCCUGUGCCUCGAUCCGCGAAAUUUGACUACGACUCCUUCUAUCAAAACGAGCUGGACAAGAAACACAAAGACAAGUCUUACCGCAUCUUCAACAAUGUCAACCGCUUGGCAAAAGACUUUCCGCGCGCCCAUAGAGAUGUCGAGACCGACAAAGUCACUGUUUGGUGCUCCAACGAUUACCUUGGCAUGGGCCGCAAUCAGCAGGUGCUUGACAAGAUGCACCAGACCCUUGACACCUAUGGUGCGGGUGCCGGAGGUACGAGGAAUAUCUCGGGUCACAAUCAACACGCUAUAUCGCUUGAGAAGACUAUUGCAGAUCUUCAUCAGAAAGAGGCAGCACUCGUCUUUUCAUCUUGCUAUGUCGCAAACGAUGCGACUUUGGCAACUUUGGGCUCCAAACUUCCCAACUGCGUCUUCUUGUCUGACAGCUUGAACCACGCCUCUAUGAUCCAAGGAAUCCGCCAUUCAGGUGCUCAGAAGAUGGUAUUCAAGCACAACGAUCUGGCCGACCUGGAAGCGAAAUUGGCUUCGAUACCUCCAGAGUAUCCUAAAAUCAUUGCAUUCGAGAGCGUAUACAGCAUGUGCGGCUCAAUCGGCCCAAUCGAGGAGAUCUGUGAUCUUGCUGAGAAGUACGGCGCAAUCACCUUCCUGGAUGAAGUUCAUGCCGUCGGCAUGUAUGGACCACGUGGUGCCGGAGUUGCUGAGCACCUUGACUACGAUGCCCACCAGGCAGGCAAACCACGCGGCACCAUCAUGGAUCGAAUCGAUAUCAUUACCGGAACUCUUGGCAAGGCCUAUGGUUGCGUUGGUGGAUACAUUGCUGGAUCAGCUAAGUUCGUGGACACCAUUCGAUCUUUGGCCCCAGGAUUCAUUUUCACUACAUCCCUACCGCCCCAUACUAUGGCUGGUGCAAAAGCAGCUAUCGAGUACCAGGCCAACUACCAAGGCGACAGGCGCCUUCAGCAAUUACAUACGCGUUUAGUCAAGAGCGCUCUGGAAGAUCGUGGAAUUCCGGUCAUCCCCAACCCAAGCCACAUCGUACCAGUUCUCGUGGGUAAUGCGGAAUUGGCAAAAGAUGCUAGCGACAUGCUUUUGCAAAACUGGAACAUCUACGUUCAACCCAUCAAUUAUCCCACUGUUCCAGUAGGUCAGGAGCGUCUUAGGAUCACGCCCACUCCUGGCCAUGGUCGUGAGUAUCGUGAAGAGCUGGUUGAAGCAUUUGACAGUGUAUGGACGAAGCUCGGAAUCAAGCGCACGAAUGAGUGGGCUGCUGAAGGAGGAUUCAUUGGAGUCGGCGAGGCCGGCAAAACUGAGGACACCCCUCUUUGGACCGAUGAACAACUAAACAUCGACGCAGUCUCUAAGGAGAUGCAAUCUGGUAGCCCGACCGGAGUAUUGGAAGCGGUCUUGGAGAAGGAACGUCUCGCUACCGCUCAGGCUGUGAGCGCCGCUGCUUAG